AGCUUUCCGCAUUCGAAAUACAUUUCGUGCCAUAACAUUAACUCUUUACCUAUACCAACCUACAUCAGUACAGAUACUCCAAAAAGAUUUUUUUUUAAAGUAGUACCGAAGCUAUCAUUCGAAGUCAACAUUAGUACAGAGCAAUCACACUUCGAACAUCCCCAUACUAGAGUGUUUCCUUCAGCGAGAGGCCAGAUCCUCAGUACGCACCUCUCCACACCGACCUACGCCCUUGAAAUACCUGGUUAAAGGUCUUAUUAAUUCUCGAGUGUCAAAUACAGAUGGCUGAUAUUAGAACAGUAAGCCCCAUCAUUCACAGAAACAGCGCUGUGAAGCAUCCUCGGAUAGCAUCAUUCGGAACGAGCUUGAAGGUGAUUACGGCGAUGGGACGGCCUCAAACAACAGACGACGUCGGGAGUGAAAGCAUCUAUACCAUCUCCUCGUUUUACUAUCCGAAAUCUACUAUACAAGACCCUAGCGAGGUUCCGGACCUUAGCAUGUGUGCUCAUAAUCGAGCGCAUACAGACGAUCACCAUGACUUUGAAACAUCACAAGAACAUUCGAAGGUGAAGCGAAGGUACUCCGAUACUCCACAAGGAAACUCUUUACCAAUACUUCGACCGCUUUCACCUCUUAGGAAUCCGUUUUCUCGGACUCCUUCUUUGGUGAAUAGGUCCGCGCAUUCCGUCGUUGACAGGCUGCAGACACCACCAACACCUAUGGAGUGUAAUUCCACUGAACCUGCCGUCAUGGAAUCACCUCAAGAUCUAGGGUGGGGUGAUUUUCGCUCUUCUCGCGCAUCUUUCGAUGGUGCUGACCCAGAAACACCAUACACUUCAUGGCCUAAGUCUGAUAAGCAGAUGCCUUCCCUUCUACCUCUGGUCGGGGCUCGACCAGACUAUGAAAAAGAGAACAAGAACAAGAAGGUUCCAAUAGCCUCAGUUGAAAAGGCCUUCAAGUCUCGCAAGCACUCAGACAUGGAGUCACUGAUGAAGGUUCAGAAGUUCGGCAAUGAACUCCGAAUGGUGUACCACGAAGGUUGCAAAGGCGAAGGCCAGGAGAUGUGGAACGCCAUCCGGCGCUUGAAGAAGGAGAAACGCGAGCUGAAACCCACGAAAGCUUCUCUGAAGGCACCAUGGGCUGCGCGAAGUCCUCGUACACGAGCAGCGCAGAAGGAGCAGCUCGAUGCUAUACACGUUGCAGCCAUGGAAAUGCCCCCGCACAAAGAACUAGCCGUAUCUCCUCCUAUAUCAAAACAACCGCAACCUCUAGGCGUUGUAAGAUCGCCCAUAAUCCCUGAGCCAUCCCCAGGUUUUUUCUUCUCGGAAGCGCGUGGCCGUGAAGGAUCGCAGGUGAGAACCACCUCUAUGUACACUUACCACUCCCGAGAUGUCCCAAUCACAGCCGCUCGGAGCGUUCUGUACGACUCCAAAGAGAACAUCAUCGACCACCCCCAAAACGUCAAAGCUUUCGCCCCGAAGCUCGCUCCCGCGCCCAAGUCCAGAGCAUUUCAGGAGAAGGGUCUCCCUCCGCCGCCUAUACGCUGUCCAGGCGAGCCGGAGCCGCCUGAGCUUGCAAGACAAAGGGAGGCGUACAGGCGGCGCGUAGGUACAAGUCCACCUCGACACGGCGAGGUCAAACCCCCACCUGCAUCGCAGCACCCGGUAGGUCCCAAAUUCACAAACACUGCAGCGAAACCGCAGAACAAGCACCCAGCAGAGCGCUUUCUCGCAGUAAGUCAAGACUUUCCUUACGCCGCCUCUAACCCCCCUUCCCAUUCUACCUCCCUCGACGACCGCCAGACCGAGCGGCCCCGCCACCAAAAGGAGCCCAAGAAAGCAAAGCCGUACAAAGCCCCAAAGAAGCCCCUAGCCGAUGCUUUCUCUACCUUUUUUGACCCUCCUUCGCACCACAAAGACAUCCGUCCCAAAUACCCAUUCACUGACCUGCCCACCCUCACAAAGGACAAAGCCCGCGCAAAGCACCAGCAGAAACUCAAAGAAGCCAUCAGCGGUCCACGCCCCGUCAUGGCACCUGUCGGGGGUGGCGUGAAUUUUGCGACUGAGGCUGGGGGCGUGGGGGGCAAGGGUGCGGCGGUGGCGGUUGCGCCGCCGGUAUCGAACCCGGAGUGGGCAGCUUUAGAGGAGAAGAGGAAAGCCAAGAAGGAUGCAGGUAAGCUGGGUCUUUCUACCAAGCCAAAUUUCGGGUUCUUGCACACGGCCUUUGUGAAAGAGAUAGGUGUGAGAGAGAUAGGCGAGGAGAUGAACGGGACUGGGAAGAAAGACAGGAAAGCUAAACGUGCCAAAGGCUCCCGGCGCGAUAGCGAUGCUUCGAUGGUGUGUGCGGGUGCGGCGUUGGUCUCGCAGAUUGUGAAGGGGAAGCAAAAAGCGGACGACGGACCGGGUCCGAAGAUGGAUAUGAUGGUUUUCAAGGGGCCCGUGGAGCAGUUCUCGGACCAGCAAGUGAGGGAGGUCAAGGACUCGGGGCCGAGCAGGCAGAUGGUAGAGUGGCCGCCGGUCGAGGAUGAGAGAUUGGUGCCUAAGCCGUUGGGGGUGAGGAAAGUGUCAGAGACCGGGGAGACUUAUUCUAAGUAUGAGAAUGUGCUUCGGGAGUAUAGGGAGGAUGGAAGUGUGUGGAUUUAGGGAAGGGUGCGUAAUGGCGUAGAUGUGGAGGAAUAGAUAGGAUAGGACGAUAUAUCCAUAACAGCGAUUGUUUUGUUUCGUUUCGUUUG